CAAAAGACGGAGUAGAAGUGAAAUUCCGGACGUAAAAAUUAGAGUCACGUGAUUCUAAAAAUGGCAGACGAAGUUGAAGAGAAAGUAAACCCAGAGAUAAAAGAAGAUGAAGCAAUAGAACAGUUUCAAAAUGGACAGCUGUCUUAUAUUGGACAAAAUGAAGAAUGCAUUCCAACUUAUCUUGCUGAAAAAUAUUCAUCUAUUACAAAGAGAUUUGAUCUGAGUUUUAACCAGUUGAAGUCAUUAUCCGAUUUAGAAAGAUUUCAGAAUUUAGAGGAACUAGUUCUGGAUAACAACAGAUUAAGUGAUGAUGUAGUAUUUCCUCGUUUAAACCAUCUUCACACACUCACACUGAACAAAAAUUGUAUAACAGAUUUAUAUCAUUUGUUAGACAACCUUGCAGAAAAUGUUCCAUCAUUAACCUAUUUAAGUCUAUUGGGGAACUUAGCAUGUCCAAACCAGUUAUCUAGUCCUGACAAUGAUGAAGAAGAUUACCAAAGAUACAGGUAUUAUGUAUUAUAUAAGUUACCAAAACUAAAGUUCUUAGACUCCACACCAGUCAAACAAGAGGAGUUACUCACAGCCAAAGAGAAAGGUGCUUUUAUGAAAGUCAUCAAGGCAGAGGAAAGUGAGCUGAUUUCUGACCCAAAAAUAUCACCUGAGACAGAUGAUUCAAAUUACAGUCCACUUCCACAGUCUGCACGUAAUGCUGAUCAGCAUUCAGCUGCCUGGGGGAAAAGUAAAUAUGUUUACUAUGGCAACCAUUCAGAGGGAAACAGAUUUAUCAGAAACCCUGACCUUUAAAUGACAUUGACCUGUGAAUACCAUGACUUUGAUAGAAAGAAAUAAGAUAACAUAAGAUCUUCACAAUUUUUAACCCCAGUAAAAAUUAUGAGUGGAUAUAUUUUUAUAUAUGUUUAGGUAAAUGUUUGGUAUAUUUGAAGUGUACAUGGAUAAAAUGAUAUCUUUUUUUUUUUUUUUAAAUACAUCAUGAUAGGAUGUGUCAUUCUCAUACUCUCAACCUACACACAUUUAUGUACAUUCUCACAUAAUCAUUAAUAAUUAUCGUAUAUAUGAUGAAAUAGUAUGAAAUACCUGGCAGAAAAGGUAAAAAAUUGAUGUCGGAUAUAAGAAAUAUAAAAAACAUUUUUCAUACAUAAAAUAUAUUUUAUGUUUCACAAAAAAUACAAACAUAACAUAAUCUUAUAUAUAAUGUUUUAUGCUGUUAUUUAUGCUUACAGAUAUAAUUUUUGUCAUGUAUGUUAAAUAUUUUAAGUGAAUGUUUAUACAUUUGUAUUUACAAUAUAUAUAUUUUUAUAAAAAAAAAUGUUGAAUAAUAUCUUGUGACAGUUACAAAAAGGGCAUUAAAUUGUCCAAUAAUUAUAUAAUGUUAGUAUGUUAACUACUUACUGUGCAAAGCUGUAUAAAUAUGUGCCAUACAAGUCAACCUGUUAUUAAUUGUGGUGGAUCCUAGAUUUUUAAAAAGGGGAGGCAAACAGGACAGUCAGUUUUUUUUUAAACGGCCCAAAAGGAGCUCUCAGACCUAGUUUGCCAAAAUAAAUUGCAAUAGGGUGUGGAUGAAUGCACUGCAAUAGUUUUAAGUCACAUGAAAUGUUUCCAUAUUAUAUGUCUAUAAUAUUCUAUUUAUCUUUUCAAACAUUUACUCAUUAUUGAAAUUUUAUGUACAAUGUACUGGUACUUAUUAAAUUAAGAUAUAACAAUUUUAAUGUUAAAUAUUGUUUUCUGAAAUUCCAUUUCAUGUAAAAAUUGUGUAUACUUCUAUGAAAUAGUCCAAAUACAUAAUAAAUAAUCAAACAUUUAAA